UCUUCUUCUAGAUUUGUAAUCUUUAGAAUCCGCCAUAAAAACAAGAAUGCCAUCUUCGCAGCCGUCGCUGGGCCUCCGGCGAGUCCGGGAGCUGCAGUCACGGCCGGGCAACGGGCGGUGCGUGGACUGCGGGCGGCUGAACGACCCACCGGAGUGGGCAUCGGUGACGUACGGCGUGUUCAUGUGCGACGGCUGCUCCGGCGCCCACCGCGGCCUCGGCGUCCGCCUCAGCUUCGUCCGCUCCGUGGCCGCCGACGCCUCCUGGCCCGGCCCCCACCUCCGCCUCAUGACCUCCAACCCGGGCGGCAACCGAGCCCUCAACGCCUUCCUCGCCGCCCGCGGCGUCCCGCCCCGCGCCGCCAUCUCCCUCAAGUACUCCUCCCCCGCUGCCGCCCUCUUCCGCUCCCGCCUCCACGCCCUCGCCCACCGUCGUCCCUUCCGCGGCCCCUCCGCCGUCGGCCCCCAGCCACCCCGCCCCCUCCCCUCCGACGACUGGGACGACGACGACGAUAUUUACUACUUCCAAGAUUCCCUAUCGUCGAGAUCCAAAUCCACCGCCGGCGCCCGCGGCGGCGUGAUUCGGAGGAAUCAGUCGGUGGGGGAGGAUCUGGAGGCAGAACUGGGGAUCGGAUGCGGGGGGCGGCCGUGCCGGUCAUGGUCCUCGGGGAGUAUAUCGGCGGUGACGGUGAAUGGGAGUGGGAUCGGUGGAGAGAUGUUUUCAGAGAGGAAGACGGAAGAGAAUGAGCAGCUGCCGGACGGGUCUGGGUCGACGGGCGGUGGUAGUCUCAUCUCCGAUGCAGUCAUGGCCGUGUCUGAGAGCUUUGUCCAGUUAACGAUGGUUGCAUCAUCUGCUGUACAAUCUGCAGCUAAUGCAGUUCAGACCGGAACGACGGAGCUGACCUCCAAGGUGGCUCAAGGUGGGUAUGAUGAGAAGGUAAAUGAAACCGUAAAUGUGAUAGCUCAGAAGACGACCAAACUUGGGCAAAGGACUUGGGGAAUCAUGAAAGGCAUUAUGACAAUGGCAUCUCACAAGGUCGAGGAAUAUACAGGAGAUGGGGCAGGGUGGAAAAUGGAAGGGCUUGAGCCCCAGAGAGAAAUCGAUAGCGAUGGCAGUGCCGGGACUCCUCGGCAUAAAUAUAUCACCAGCAACAGCUUCUAUUUGAAUGAAUUGGAUGAUUGGGACACUGACAGUCCAGUUUCUUCUUCUGGGAAUCAAAAAGAUGGAAGCAAUGCUAAUAAAGCUCACAAAGUCAUAGAAUGGGAUGAUUAA